AAAGUCUAAAUUUAGGUUAAACAUAAUUUUCCGAUAGAUUUGCCGACGUUGGACUAUAUCAAGACUCUACAGGCAGUGGUUAUAUCUUUCUUUAUGUUUAACAGAACAAUUUUAUAAUUAGGAUGUCUAACAGCAAUCAUACUGUGAUAAUAAGAAAUCUUACGAAAAGUAGCAAUACCAGUGAUUCUUACUUGACAGAUUCUAUAUAUGAUCUACUAAAUACAUACAUGAAAAUUUCUACUAUUAGAAACUGUAUACAAAUAAAGACUGAAGACAAUCAGAGGUCUGCUUUAAUCCGUCUUAAAUCUCCUACUGAAGUUUUCGAUGCAUUAGACAAAUUAAAAGACAGACACAGAAGAAAUUCGCUUGGCUUUAAGUUUCAGAGAAUAGCAGAUACAGGUGAGGCCAUUGACGUUAAAAUGGAGUUACCGGAGAGAUACUAUCAAAAAGGUCAAAACAUAGGGAAGGAAACAAGAAAAUAUGAAUUCAAAGUCGGUGGAGGAGAUUAUGUAAAACACAUUUUGAGAGAAGAUGUGUCUAAGUAUAUAUGUGGGUUUUUAAACGGACGAACCAAAGGAACUCUGUUCAUUGGUGUGAAUGAUGAUGGAGAUGUUGUUGGUGCUAAUUGUGAGGACGAGGAUAAAAUUCGUUGCCACUAUAUCGACGAGGGCAUUAGAGCAAUAAAACCGCCGAUAGAUAAUAAAGAUUAUCAAGUAGAGUUUAUUCCUGUAGUCGAAAAUGAAAAAGUAAAAGCCAAUUGUAACGUAAUUGAAAUCACGGUCAACAAGAAAAAACAUCUCAAUAGAUUGUUUGACAGUAAAGGUCAUGUUUAUCUACGACGCGAAGGUAGUGUACGGGAUUUUAAUGCGGCUGAAACACAGGAUUGGAUAUUACAGAACCACCAUUCAAGAUCUUGCAUUUUGCAAUAAGAUUCGAAUAUUAGUGGAACCACACAUUGAUUACUCAAGUGACCAACAGUAAAUCUUAAUGUUCCCGUCAACAUGUUCAUCCAGUAUCCAUAUGGAUUAUUAUUAUCCGUUUGACCUUAGCCGUUGUACAAUGAUCACAUUUUAGUCUGUUUUUAUCAUAAUCAUUGCCUUUAUUUAUCAAUGACUGUUUUGUCACAAAUAUAUAUAUCUUCUAUUUUUGUUAUUGUUAAGAAAAUCUUGUAUGACAAUGUUUGUGGUUUUAAUAUUACUCUUAUCCGUCCAUUAAAUUUAAACAUAUAA